AUGCCCCCCGUUCUGUCUCAGGCCGCUUAUAAUAGCAGCAAUAAGGACACCAAGCUACAUACUACCAACGACAGCUCCAGCCAUGGCUAUAGCAUUGUCCGCUUCCUUGCCGAUCAGCAACAAUACCAUCCUGUAUUCAGCAAAGUGCAAUCCCCAACGGAUGCAGAAGACAUUGCCAAAGCCCGGAUGGCGGCAGAGCUGCGUACUUUCGAGCAAGAGUUUGGCUUGAGCGGCAAGCCUCCGAAUAAUUAG